GGCAGCGAAGCGGUUAACGGGGGGUGGCGGAGGUGGGGUCCCACCCCCGGGGCCGGCCCGGGGGGGCCUUAUAAAGGUGGGCACGGGCGGCCCCCGGGGAGGGGAGCGGGGCCGUGGAGGGCAGCGGGGCCAGGCCAUGCGGGAGCUGCGCUCGUCCGCCUUCUGGAGGGCCGUCCUGGCCGAGUUCCUGGGCAGCCUCCUCUAUGCCCUGCUGGGGCUGGGGGCCUCCCUGCGCUGGGCCCCGGGCCCCCCCAGCGUCGUGGGGGCCGCCCUGGCCUUCGGGCUGGCCCAGACCACCCUGGUGCAGGCGCUGGGCCAUGUCAGCGGGGGCCACGUCAACCCGGCCAUCACGCUGGCCUUCCUGAUGGCCUCGCAGCUCUCCCUGCCCCGUGCCCUGGGCUACCUGCUGGCCCAGGUGCUGGGCAUGCUGGCCGGCGCCGGGGUGCUCUAUGGGGUGACCCCGGGCCCCGUCCGCGGCACCCUCGGCCUCAGCGCGCUGCACCCCGGCGUGGGCCCGGGCCAGGGCACGGUGGUGGAGCUGCUCCUGACCGCCCAGUUCGUCCUCUGCGUCUUCGCCAGCUUCGACGACCGUCACGACGGGCGCCCGGCCAUGGCCGCCGUGCCCGUCGGCUUCUCCCUCGCCCUCGGCCACCUCUUCGGGAUCCACUACACGGGCGCCAGCAUGAACCCCGCUCGCUCCUUCGCCCCUGCCGUCAUCACCCGCAACUUCGCCAACCACUGGGUAAGUGGGGGGGGACGGGGACCCCCCAAACCCGCCCCGGGCCCCCCCAGUCCCCCCGCUUGUCCCUGUCCUGCCCCAGCCGCUGCGUCCGGUGUCACCGCGGUGACAGCAGCACCCCGGCGUGCUGAGUACCCCCCGGUAUCCCGGGCGGAAAGAAGCGGCCGCCCCCCACUCACCGGGAGACGGAUCCUGCCCGCGCCCCCGAUAUCCCGGGGAGGGGCACACGCGACGCCGCUCACCGGGAGACGGGUCCGGUGGCCGGGCGCCAGCGGGGAGGGUGCCGUGCCCCGUGGGGCGGGGGGCCGGGGGUCCCCCGGUGCCGGUGCCCACGCCGCCCCCCCGCAGGUGUACUGGGCGGGCCCGCUGCUGGGCGCGGCGCUGGGCGCGGUGCUCUACGAGUUCGCGCUGUGCCCGCGGCCGCGCAGCCUGGCCGAGCGCCUGGCCGCCCUCAAGGGAGAGCCGCCCGCCCCCACCGCCGUCACCGCCGCCGCCGCCGCCGCCGCCGCCGAGCCGCCGCCCGAGCCGCCGGCAGAGCCGCUGGAGCUGAAGACGCAGGGGCUGGCGCGGGGGGGCGGGGUCUCGGCCCGCGGGAACUGGGGCGGUUGUGUAACGCCGCCCCCGCGCCGGGACCGGGAGCGCGGCCGGGAGGGCGGCGGGGACGGGGCGGCGGGAACCGAAACCGGGGGCUGGUAUGGAACCGGCGGGGCUCUGGGGUGCGCCGGUGCUGGGGAGGACCGGGACCGGGAGGUGCGCUGGAAUCGAGGUGGUACCGGGGCCUGGGGGUCGCCGUGGGGUCCGGUACCGAGGGGAACCAGGCAUGGGAUGUUCGUCGGUGUUGGGGAAACUGGAACUGGAGGAUGUCCCGGGACCUGGGGCUGUACCGGGGGAGCCCAGAACGGGUGGGAGAACCUCGGGGGGCAGCCGGUGCUGACAGUGGCCCGCAGGUGGCCCCCGGUGCUGGUCCCGUGCGCAGCCCCGCGCUGCAUGGACUGGUACAUGAUGAACUGCGAGCUCCUGGCUACCUGCAGCGCCCUGGGCUACCUGGAGGGCGAUGUGUAUCACCGGGAGCCCGACUGCCUGGAGAGCGUCAAGGACCUGAUCCGGUACCUGCGCCAUGAGGACGAGACCCGGGACGUGCGGCAGCAGCUGGGGGCGGCCCAGAUCCUGCAGAACGAUCUCCUGCCCAUCAUGGUGCAGUACCCCCAGGACAAAGUGCUCUUCGACGCCGUCAUCAGGUUGAUGGUGAACCUGACACAGCCGGCCCUGCUGUGCUUUGGGAAGGUGCCAGCAGAUGCCACCUCCCGGCACCAUUUUCUCCAGGUGCUGUCCUACCUGCAGGCCUACAAGGAGGCUUUUGCCAGUGAGAAGGUGUUUGUGGUGCUCAGUGAGAAGCUCUACAGCCUCCUGCAGCUGGACUGGGAGCAGCGGCAGGAGGAGGACACGCUGCUGAUCGAGAGGAUCCUGCUGCUGGUGCGCAACGUGCUGCACGUGCCCCCGGACCCCACGGAGGAGCAGGGCGUGGACGGCGACGCCAGCGUGCACGACCGGGUGCUGUGGGCGCUGCACAUCAGCGGCAUGGACGACCUGCUCAAAUUCCUGGCCAGCGCCCAGGUGGAGCAGCAAUGGGGCCUGCACGUCCUGGAGAUCAUCUCCCUCAUGUUCCGGGACCAGAGCCCAGAGGAGCUGGCGGCGCUGGGACAGGGGACGGCAGGUGCCGAGCACGGGGAGGACACGCGGGAGCUGGAGGCCCUGCGGCAGCGGGAGCUGGCGGAGAAGAAAGCCCGGGCACUGCAGCGCCCGUCCAGGCACUCCCGCUUCGGUGGCUCCUACGUCCUGCAGGGCCUCAAGUCCAUCGGGGACCGGGAUGUGGUGUUCCACAAAGGGCUGCACAAUCUGAAGAGCUACAGCCACGACCUGGGCAAGGAGCCGCAGCGGGUGCCCCGGCGCCGCCAGGCCGCCCCCGAGCCCGAGCCCUCCCGCCGCUCCGCCCGCAACGUCCGGCUCUUCCUGCGCCGCUUCUGCCAGGACUUCCUGGAGGACUGCUACAACCGCCUGAUGCUGCUGGUCAAGGACCAGCUGGUGCGGGAGAAGGCUCAGCAGCACGAUGAGACCUAUUACCUGUGGGCCACCGCCUUCUUCAUGGCCUUCAACCGGCUCCACGGCUUCCGCCCCGAGCUGGUGUCCGAGACCGUGGGGGUCCGAGCCUUCCACUUCAUCGAGCAGAACCUCACCACCUAUUAUGAGAUGGCACUGAUGGACAAGAAGGAGGCAACAACCUGGGCCCGCAGGAUGCACUUGGCCCUGAAGGCGUACCAGGAGCUGCUGCGGACGGUGCAGGAGAUGGACCGGUCCCCGGAGCAGGCGGUGCGGGACAGCAGCCACAUCAUCAAGAGCAACAUCUUCUACCUGAUGGAGUACCGGGAGCUCUUCCUCACGCUCUUCCGCAAGUUCGACGAGACCAAGCAGCCGCGCAGUUUCCUGCGGGACCUGGUGGAGACGGCCCACCUCUUCCUCCGCAUGCUGGAGCGCUUCUGCCGCGGCCGCGCCAACCUCGUGGUGCAGAGCAAACGUGUGCGGAGGAAGAAGAAGCCUCGCACUCCCGCGCCCCCCGCCCCACCGAGCGCCGCGGAGCUGGAGCAGCUGUGGGAAGGAUUGGCCCCACAGCUCCAGGCCUGCCUGGAGGGCGAGGUGUCCCUCCCCGAGGACGUGGUGCCCUUCGACGCCGCCUCGGAGACGCCGGUGGAGGAGCAGCGCGCGGAGGCUCUGCUGCGCAUCCAGGAGUGCCUGCGGGAUUCCCGCGUGCCCCAGGCCCUGCAGCUGCUCCGCUCAGCCAGGGAGGUUUGGCCCGAAGGGGAUGUGUUCGGAGCCGCGGACGCGGGGCCGCCCGAGGAGACCCGGCUGCUGCGGGAGAUCCUCGUCGCUCCCCUGCCCGGGCACGCGCCCGCCGAGCCCGAGGAGCCGGAGGAAGAGGAAGAAGAGGAGGAAGAAGAGGAGCAGCAGAUCAUGCAGGUGUCGGAGAAGGAAUUCAACUUCCUCGACUACCUGAAGCGGUUCGCCUGUGCCCCCGUGGUGCGGGCGCUGGUGCUGCUGCUCCGAGGGUACGCGCGGAACAGCCCCCGCACCAACCACUGCGCCGCGCGCCUGCUGCACCGCCUGGCCCGCGACCUGCGCAUGGAGCCCCUGCUCUUCCAGCUCUCCCUCUUCGCCCUCUUCCACCGCCUGCUCAGCGACCCCGCGGCCGCCGCGCACCAGGAGUUGGUGGCCUUGGCCAAGUUCAUCCUGGGCAAGUUCUUUGCGCUGGCAGCCACCAACAAAAAGGCUUUUGUGGAGCUGCUCUUCUGGAAGAACCCGACUGUCGUCUGGGAGAUGACCAAGGGCUACAGCUCCCUGCAGGAGGGAGAAGGCACUACCCGGAGCCGAGUCCCCCCCUGGACGCCCCAGGAGGAGCAGGAGCUGCGGGAGCUGUACUGGAAGUACAAGGAGGUGGAAGGUGGGGACAUCAUCGCUGCCAUCCUGGCCCAUCUCCCGACGGCCGGGCGGACGCGGAGGCAGGUGGUGAAGCAGCUGGUGCGGAUGGGGCUGGCCAGCAGUGCCAAGGACUUCCCACGGGAGAGGAAGGGCACCCGCAUCGUGCUGUGGACGCAGGAGCAGGAGGAGGAGCUGACGCGGCUCUUCGAGGAGUUCCAGGGCUCGGACGAUGUCCUGGGGAACAUCAUGAAGCACCUGACGGCGCGGCGCUCGCGGGCUCGGGUGGUGGAGAAGCUGCUGGGGCUGGGGCUGGUGGCCGAACGCAAGGAGCUGUACAAGAAACGCCGGAGGAAGAGCCACGGCCCCGGGCAGGCUGCCACAGGUGUCCCGGCCAUGCCAGCUCAAGACAGCUCAGGAGAGGAUGACAGCGAGGAGGAGGAGGAAGAGGAGGAUGAGGACGAAGCAGAGGGAGACCCCAUGGAGGAGCACUGUGUGCCUGAGGAAGGGGCUGGGCAGGACCUGGCGCAGCGCCUGCAGCAGGAAGGCCUGGCCGGGCCCCUGCGGUGGCUGGAGAACUGUCUGAGGAGGGUGGCAGGGGACCGUGAGGAGGAUGGCGUGUCCCACCCGGUGCCGCUGGUGCCGCUGACGGAGGAGAAUGAGGAUGCCAUGGAGGACCGGCGCUUCCGGAGCCUCCUGCGGCAGCUGGGGCUGCGGCCUCCUGCCAGCGAGCAGGAAUCCUUCUGGCGCAUCCCAGCCGCCCUCACCCCGCAGCAGCUCCGGCGUGCGGCCGCCUCCAUCGCCCACCGUGGCCCCCCAGGGGCCCCCCAGGACCUGCCAGAGCCACCCAGGAGCCCCCAGCACCCGGCUCCAGGUGAGGGGUGGGGCUGGGGGUGUGGGACCCCCAGGUGUGGGGCUGGCUCUGAGCCCCCCUCCUUGUGCCCCUCAGCAGAGCCGGCAGGGCUGGGAUCGGACUCGGAGAGCGAGGAGCCCGUCCCCGUCCCCAGCCCAGUGCAGCCGCGCACCAAGAGGCGCCGGGAGCUCGCCAGCGAGGAUGAGGAUGAGGAUGGUGGGAGCUCAGGCACCGAACCGGCCCCUGCAGCUCCCUGCUCCGAGGAGGAUGAGGAGGAUGAAGGUCCACAGCCCCAGGGGAGGCGGAAGCGCAUCCGCUGCCUGGAUGAGGAAGAGGAGGACGAUUGAGUGGCUCCCCAUGCCAUGCCUGUGCCCAGGCCCUGUGCUGUUUCCUGGGCUUUUUGCAGAUUUUAUUGGAUUUCUGCAGGUUUUCUGCAGUUUUUCUGCUGUUUCUGCAGUUUUUCUGCUGUUUCUACAGGUUUUCUGAGGUUUCUGCAGAUUUUCUGCUGCAGGUUUUGAUGCUGCUUUUAAAGGCUGCACAAGCAACCAGUUUCUCCAUAUUUCCCCACCUUCCCCUGGUGUCACCAUCUCCAUUUUACCCCAAAUUCCCUCUUUUUCUUCAGCUCUUGGGUUUUUUUUUUUCCUAAAACUUUUUACAUCUGGACAGGGCCUAAAUAAAUAAAGGUGACUUUUG